ACAGGUGUGCGGCUCCCAGCCACAGCCACAGCCGGAGCGACGGCAGCCACAGCCAUGGCGCCGCCGCUGCCCUGCUGACACGCGCCGCAGCGCAGACGCCGGGCCGGCCGCCUGUAGGAAUGAGCGAGCUGCGCCGCGAUGGGCAACUCGUCGUCGCAGUGGCAGCAGCAGCAGCAGUUGUCGCGGCAGCAGCAGCAGCCGGCGCCGCAGCAGUCGUGGGCCAACUCGUACCCGCGGGAGGGCCGCGGCCGUCCGCCCGGGCUGCCGGCGCUGGGGCCCGGCGUGGCCAAGGUGCUGCCCGCGCGGGAGCCCGGCCGCCGCCUCAGGCUCACCGACAACGGCGCCAUCCUCAGCGGCGGGGGCACCAUCAGCGGCCGGCGAGACCAGCACGCGGACGACCACCCGCGGCCGGAGUUCCGAGCUCGUAGCACGUCGGUGCACGCGCCGCCCACGCAGCAGCAGCAGCAGCAGCAGCUACACGAGCGCCGCCAGGACGCACUCGGCCAGCCCCCGCAGCUGAUGCGCUUCGGCUCCGAGCCCGACCUGCGCAUGCGAGACGCCCAGCCCUCCAGGAACAGGCUCAACAACAGCCGCGGCCGCAAGAAGUACCGGGCGCCGGCGCCGCCGCCCGCCGCCCCCGGCGACGCGGCCAGCUCGUCGCCGGACUCUGGCCGCUGGGAGGAGCCGCGCCGCAUGCGCCUCUUCAAGACGCGCGCAGAGACGCGCCGGGCCGCCCCCGCGCGCCACGCGCAGCCGCCGGCCGAGCAGCCGCAGGCGCACCAGCAGCACCCGCCCCUCGCCCGCAGCCUCUCCUCGCCGGAAUUCCAGGCGGAGCUGCUAAGAGCGGCGCAGAGGCUGCGGCCGCUGUCCCGGGAGCGGCAGAGGCAGCGACAGCAGCCGCUGGGGCAGGACGCCUCGCCCCGGCCUCCCACCACCACCACCACCACCACCACCACCACCGCCAGCGACAGCAACGGCAACAACAACAACGACACCAACAACAACGGCAGUGCCGCCGACAAGCACUGGGAGAUCCUGCCGCCGCCGCGCCGCCGCCAGAAGGAGCGGGCCGAGCAGCGGCCGCAGAGGGUGCCGGCGCGCAGCUUCUACUUCGGCAUGGAGCACGGCGAGCGAGACGCCGUCGACCGCUUCGCCGCCAGCCUGCAGCGCCGGCCGACCCUCGCCGCCGCCGGCGCCUCCGCUGCCGCCAGGUUGCCCGGAGGCAGCCUGUCGAGCGGCGAGGCGUCGGAGGAGGAGGAGGACGAAGACGAGGAGGACGAGGCGGUGUCGAGCGCUCGGCCGGGCCGCGGCGGCAUCGCGCUGCAGCUGCGGCCGACGCUGCCCAAGAAGCAGCCCGAGGUGCCACGGUUCUCGCCCACGGCUGCCUGGCGGCUGCUCUCCGCACUCGAGCACCCCGCCUCGCCUGCCACCUCCACAGCCGGUGACGACGCCUCGGUGCUUCUGGAGGAGCGCAUCCAGAGGCUGUCGCGGCCCGUGGCACCGCCGCCACCGCAGGCGCCACGCAGUAAGUCGGGCGACUCCGGCAUCUCGGGCGACGCGAGCCCCGGCCGCGAGGACUCGCUGCUGCCUGCCCCGCCGCCACCCCCGCCGCCACCCGCCACCGCCACCGCCGCCUCCCCUGCCCCUGCACCACAGGCGUGGACACCGCAACAGGACCUGGGUGACGAGUCCAGCUCGGACGGCGAGGGCCGGCCGACACUGCCACUGGCGAUGCCGCAGGCCCGCUUCUCACCGCGUGCACACCACGUCUUCUCGCUGUCGCUACCGCGUGACGACCGCCUCUGCCUCGCACUCUAUGCGCCAGAUGAUGACAGCUUCCUAGCCUCCAAGGCCCAGGAGCAGGCACCGUCCCAGGUGCCAGCAUUCAACAGCCUGCAGAAGCUGCGGCGGUCGGUUUCCGGGGCACUGGGCGCGGCACUCGGCUCGCUGGGUCGUGACCUCGGUGCCAGCGAUGACGAGGACGAGCUGGACCGUGGGCCGUGUCACGGCCAGAGGCCACCACUGGACGAGAACUGGCUGCUCAGCCGCAGCGUGCCGACCUCACUCAACGUGCACUCUGCCACGGCGGGCUACCCCAAGUGGUCGCUCAGCAGCCCAUCGUCUGGUGAGCGGGAGGCAGUGCCCUUCUCGUACCUGCCAUCUGGCGGCCAUGUCAUGUACCUGCCAGAUGGUGAUGUGGACGUGGAGCCCCCGCUGCCGCCCAGGAGCCGUGCCCGGCAGCGACAGGGCCCCCUUUGGGAUGCCGCACCUCUCUCAAAGUCUUGCGGUGACAUCUCCGCCUGUGAAAUGAGACAGGUAGGCAGAACGCCAUCACCAGAAUUGCCUCCUGACGUGCGGCGUGACCGUGAGAAAGACAAAACCCAUCGCUGGAACUGGGAACAAGCCAAGGAGAAAGGUUGGUGUGUCUCCAGGGAGCAGCGUGCCUCUCAGUCAAACCAACAUCUCAGUGAUACCGAUGCAACUGCCAAGAAAAAUAAGGGUCGCAGGUUCACUUUCCAGAGCACAGUGAGGCAGAUUGAGCGACGUAGGCUUGCAGAGCGAUUGUCCCGUGAAGCAGAGCUGAAGGAGAAGCAGAGACUAAGUGAACUGGAGGCAAUGCGCCAAGUAGAGGAAGAGUUCCAGCGGAAACGUGCACGUGAGAAAGCCAAUAUCCGGCAGCAACUGCGGCUCUUCUCACUGGAUGAACAACUCUACUCGUCACUGCCUGCCGGUUGGGGUGGUGCACGUGCCGAGCCAGAUGGUGCUGCCUCACCUCAGCCAUCGCCACCGCCUGCAUCCUCCCCGAUAACGGGGACAACCACUGCUACAUCCACACAAGUGCUAUCAGAAUACCGUGAACCACGAAGGGAGUAUCGUGACUACAGGCCCUCCUCUAGGUACAAUGACUCUUCACAUGAGUCUUUGUCAUAUAUGGAGAAAAAACGAGCUACUGUUCAUCCACAAAUUGUAUGUGAUAUUCCGAAGAACAGCCAUGUCUACGUGAAACCACACCAUCAAAGUAAUGGCCUAUCAGGUACAAGUAUGUAUCAAGCUGAAGAUCAUGGCGGUGUAUCCACACCACACUCAUCUUCCUCGGACAAUUACAGGCGGGAGCUAGCACAUGGUGGUCGUCCUGCAGGUUAUUCACUGGCUAGCUCUGACUCUGAAUCUAACAUGAAGCCACCAGCCUGCUUCAUCAACCACUCUCGCAGCAGAUCAUCUAGUCCAGAGCAUUCUUCAGAGACACAGAAUGUUGAAAAUUUAAGUGCCAAUGCAGAAAAACAGGAAGUUGACUCCAUGCUGAACAGUGUGGACCAGGAACCAGCCAGUCUGCCUCCACUCCAGGUUACCACAAGUCGCACUGACAAUACACACCGACUUAGUUUUACAUCACUGCAGCCUUUUGUGAGGAACAGUAAAGGAUAUCGGCCAAUUAUUUUUAAUCCUGGAACUUCCACAAACCAUAAAGUUGCUCAAACUGUAAACUGAAGUUAAUGUCAGAGUGGACAGCAGGCGUCAUAUGAGGCAAUAAACUAGCAUGUUCAAUUAAUUUGAAAGAGAAAAAUAGUUUAACAGUUCAAGGAGAUUUUCAUAUGUUUAAAAUGUAACAAGACGGCUGUAAAAUUACAGGAAACUUUUCUUUUAUCCAGUCAGAUUACAGUUUAUCAAUAAAUGAAGCAGCAAAUUAUAACACAUUCUUCUCAGAUAGAUAAAGCAAUGAGGAGUCCGUGUGCUCAAAAGAACUCUGUUAUGUAUGUCAUCUACCCCUGCUUCUUCUCUCUCUAAAGUAUGCAAUGAAUCAUUUCACUUAUUAUUAUGUGACAGUCACACCAUUGUUUCCUUUUCCACAUAAAAGAUUGAAUGACAGCUUAUGUCCUAGUUUUUGUGGCAAACAAGUGAGUUCAAAGACCUGUUAACUCUGCCACCAACUACAAUGUUAAGAGUUACAUUUGCUCAUCUAUAAAUGGUAUUUCAUAUGAAGGAAGCCUUAUUGACUGAAAUAUUAUUCCAUCUGGUAUGUUCCUGUACCUAUGGAUUCAUAAAUAUCACUGUUAGGCAGCCGAGAAUACAGAGACUGCCUUCAUCUAUUAUCUCAAGAUGAACAUUGUAAAUCAGACAUCACAGGAAUUUGCCCUUGUUUUGUUACUGAAUAUUAAGAGGGACCUGACAGAAGAUAACAUUUGCAGUUUAAUUUUUUAGAAAUAAAUUAUGCAUCAAGAGUUGAUUAUUGAAUGUUGUUAACCUUUUACAUCUAAUAAAAAAUUGAGAUAUUUUAUCUUAUUACACAUCUUGAAUUAUUCAUAUUGUAAAUAGAACAUAUCUUAUAUACUGUAAAAAUACUCUCAGUCUGUGACAUGUAUAGAUGUCAGCAUGUAUAGUGUAAAUCAAAU